GGACUCCUAUCGCUGGAAGAGCUGGACAUGGCCCUGAUCGAGAAGACGGGGGCGGAGAAGGAGAGAAGGUAUUGCCAGAAGAUCAGGCCACUGAUCCGGGACCAGCACUUGCUGCUGGUGACGCUGCUGCUGUGCAACGCGGUCGCCAUGGAGGCGCUGCCGCUGGUGCUGGAUCAGCUCGUGUCUCCCGUCCAGGCCGUCAUCAUCUCCGUCACGGCCGUGCUCGCCUUCGGCGAGAUCAUCCCUCAGGCCGUGUGCAAGACGUACGGCCUGGCCGUGGGAGCGGCCACGGCGCCGCUGGUGCGGGCGCUGAUGUUCGUGUGCAAGCCCAUCUCGUGGCCCGUCGGGAAGCUCCUCGACUGCAUGCUGGGCCACCACAGCGGGACCGUCUACAAGCGGGGCGAGAUCAAGGCCAUCGUGGACAUCCACCGCGAGAAGGGGGAGAUCACGUGCGAGGAGGAGGCCGUCAUCGACGGGGCCAUCGACUUCACGUCCAAGCAGGCUGGCCAGUGCAUGACAGCCCUCGCCCAUGUGAAGACCUUGGGCAAGAGCCAGAUCCUGAACGCCGAUGUGGUCAAUCAGAUCCUUUCGUGGGGGCAUUCGCGCAUACCCGUCGUCGACGACGACGGCGAGUCGUUUAUCGGGGUGCUUCUCGUAAAGGAAUUGAUAAAGCCUGGCGCCAUCCCAGACUCCGGCGGCAUGGUGUGCGGCAUGAACCUGCGGCCUUUGGUGCACAUCACAGAGUCCAUGCACCUGUAUUCGCUCCUGAGCAUCUUUAAGAUGGGGCGCUCGCACAUGGCUCUGGUUUAUACGGGGACGCCUCCGGGGCGUGCCCCCGCGGCGCGCGGCACCCUCACGCCGCCGGCGAAGGCCAGCGCGACCCCCAUCGGCAUCGUGACGCUCGAGGACCUGGUCGAGGAGCUGAUACAGGGGGAGAUCGUCGACGAGACCGAUCUCGAAGGACAAACCGCGGCGCAAGCACGAGCCUCUCGGCGAGGCCCCGACUUCGUCAGGGUUACGCACAGCCACGCGAGGCGAGCGCCACGAGGGCGGACCGAUGCCGCUACAGUGGAGGCCAGCCCACAAGAAAAGCCUUCCACAGAAGGCCCAACCCGGAGGCCCCAGGGCGUCCGUGGAUUGUCGGUGUGGGGACGUCGCGCUCUCCGUCGCAAAGCCGCCGAACACCAAGAGACCCAGGGCACCCUGCCCUGACUCCGGAUCCGCCC